GGGGUCAGUAGAGCCCAGGUGGGUUGGAGGAGGCAGGGAAGAGGGCUCAGGAGCUCUGGGCGCCACAUGCUUUCUAAAUAAAGACUUUUUUCCAUGCUCUGUGUUCCCCUGUUGGCCUGUCUGUGAACAGAUGUACAGGAGGGGUGGGGAGGAGGUGGCUGUGGGGGCGACACUUGCCAGGUUUGCACAGGCAUUGUCCUUGUGCUUGGCCCAGUCCAUCGGCAUUGUGGGGAUGGUGAGGGCUGCCACAGGGAGGGUGCAGGAAGUGCAGGUCUCCCCCCAGCCCUGCAGUAUUUUUAGUACACACUCCCUAUCCACCCUCUUGUGCUAGUCCUUGCUCCCCAGAGACUCAUCUGGGAGUCUUUCCUUAAACUCAUGCAAUGGAUGGUGAGACAAAGCUGGGAGGAGGCAGGAUAGCCCUCAGGCAGCCUACUUGCUCCCUGUACUGGGAUGUCUCUUGUGCUGGUGUGUUGAUGCUGUUUCUAGCCUUUGAUUUGUUUUCAGGCUCUUCUUAUGCUUUCAGUCGCUGUCUGGUUGCAGGGUUUUUUGUUUGUUUUCCCCAGCUGUCUAUCUACCCUCCAGCUAGGAGGCCCUGUUGUGCAGACAGCUUAGAAAUCAUCCAAAGAAGCACAGGGCUCUGGCUUCAAAGCACCCCAAAAUAUGGACUGUAGGCUGGCAGUGCUUGAUCACCCCCUUCACCAUGCAGCUUGCAGAGUCCCAUGAGUGCUCCUGCACCCAGGGAGGAGGUGGGCAGUACUGCUACCCUCACCCAGGGUACCCCACCCCAUGCUCCAAACCCCAACCCUCACCUGUGGCACUGAGGCCAGUCAUCCAAUUUAACCAGUUCAAACAGGUUUAAGACUAAGAUAAAUCAGGAACCAGCCACCGAAAUGAAUGCUGUCACUUUAUUGGCAGGCCAGAAGACUGUGGUGGCUGGAAUAUUUGUUGUUUUGCAGAGCACCUCCUUUCCAGGGUCCCACCAUGCUCAGUUUAUGCUCAUCCCUUCAACAAAUGGUGCCAGGACAUGGCUGACUGCUGGUCAGGCUCUGGCUUGCCCCACAACACUAAUGUGACUAGGGAAAUAAGGGGAGUGAGUAGGAGCACAUAGGAGGCCAGUUUAACCCUCAGCUUUACUGUAAGGAAGGUUCAUGCUACAGAUCUCAAGAGGUUGCUAUUCCUCGAGGCCAGUGCCCAGGCUCUGGCCAGAGUCCCUGUGCAGGACACAUUGGUCAAGGGUCCUGGCUACGGCCUCAUUAUCCCUCGCUAUAGGGUUUGCACUGUUGCUUUCACCCCACAGACCAUUAUUUGCACCUCGUGCAGCCAUGGCAGGACCUGAAGCCACUGAAGCGCAAUGUUCCCAUACCCAGCUCCCAGAGAAGGGAAAGGGCCCGGCGGGUGCCUUGGGCAUGGAGCUGAGUGCCCGGUGCUCUCUUGCAGUACUGCCCAUGGCACAGGCAGGGAGGAUGUGCACAACCUGUCCUGGAGGACCCUGUUGGCCCAAACCAGCAUCUUUUAGAGGGUAAUUUUGGUCUUUGCUUCAUCCUCCUCGCUGUGGCCACUGGCCAAGUCCUCUCCUGGAGCAAGCUCCACGUGGGACCACCUCAAGGCUGUGUCUGGCAGGGGCUGGGAUGCAGUGUCCUGGAGCCCCCCAGACAGCUAUCCGGGCUCCUUCAGGGGCUGCAUGGGAGGCUGCCUGAGAUGACUGGGAGCUGUGGGAAAAGCAUGGGGACAUGGGCCCAAGUGACGUGCAUGUUGAGCUAUGAGAGCUGUGAAUGUGCACACAAGAGGGGUGCUGCUGGGCAAGCACAAGGCUUCUCCUUAGGGAUCUGGAUGCUCACUUGGGAGAGGAAGGCCAUCACAGCUCUUCAGGAAAGGCACUUUCAAGAGGAAAACACCCCAAGGAAACAGUACGAGGAUAGAGCAUGCCAGAACCCAGAUCCAGGCACCUGUGUGGGCCGAAUGUCAGUAACGCUUAUAAGCUGUGUCAGUUCCCUGCAAGAUGGGACCACAAUCAGCACUGGGAUGGGCACUAGAGCACAUGUGACCAUUAAUGAGGAGCCAAGCCAUCCAAAAAACAGCCAGGCACAAAUGGUCAGCCUUUCUACCCAGUCCCUGCCUUGCAUGGCUCCCCAGACUGGGCAUUCCCAGACAGUGCUGCAUGGGUUUAUCAGCAGCCCCAGAACAACCUGCCCUAGCCCAAGCAGCUACUGAGUCACCUUACAGUGACUGCCUAAUCUGGUCCUAUGAGUGUGAAUCCUCAAGGUGCGCAGCUACCUCUCCCAAGUCCAGGGAGGCAGAAUGUCUCUAUCUUACUGAAGGUAACAGUUCAAAACCACAGUGAGUCAGGAGCCUUUGCUGGGUUGCAGCAGCCCUGGGUGUCUUUCUGUCUGUAGGAGCCCUGCAGCACCCCCGGGUGCUGGCCCCACUCAGUGGGAUGACAUGGCUAGGCCCUGGAAACCCAGUAGUCCAUUACCUUUCUUCAUCCGGUGGCCCCCUGGCAGACUGGCACAAGAUGACUCCCUGCGCUGAGGAGAUUCUUCCAAGCCCCAAACCUGGAGCUGGGUCUAUCCAGCUUGGGGCCAGGACAGUGGUCCUGAUGGGAAGCACACACAGGGUUAGUGCAAUGCACGCCUCUGGGGAGCACAGCACCAUUGGCUGCCUGCCUCUUGGCUUCCAGAGUACACGGGCAGCACCUUGCCAUUCUGGCAGCUCCAGUCCCUUACGCAAGCAGACCUGGGAGGACAAAGUCCUGCACAGAGCCACAGGAUGGGAGCAUCAGUAACAGGUAGGAACUGACAGAAGCAGCAAGGGUCCUGCUGGGGAGGACGAUGCUCCUGUGCCUCUCCUUAUUGUGCAGUGACACUUUCACCAGCACCCAUGCCCCACGGGGCCACCACCCACCACGAGGCCUUUUGGGGGGGGCAGAGGGGAGGCGAAGAGGGGAUUUGCCUCCACUUGCUCCAGGGAAGAGGAAGAGCUGCUACUGUGUGUGGAAUGUGCCCCCACAUUCAUUCCUGUGCCAAACUGGGGAAGGGUGGUCUGGAGUGCACGCCCUGCUGGCUGCGUGGCCUCUCUGCUCCCCCCAGCCAGGUGGGUGAGCAGCAGCCCCAGCCUGGGAGGGACAGGAGACCAGGCAGAGAAGGGCUACCCCUGUCAGCCUCCCAGAGACCUUUUGAGCCACAACCCUGCUCCACUGGAGGAUAAAAAGCAGGAUUGGGCUGGCCAGCAAGUGGCAUAGCCACAACAAACUGCCCCAGCUGGACCUCCCUGCACAGCAGGUGCCAAGCUGGCAGCAGGGCUGUUAAUAGGGAACUCCAUUAACAGAGGAGUUGCCGCAGGGGAUGCUGCUGAUGGGAAGGGAAGCUGCCUCACCCGUCCCUACAUCUGCAGGUGCUGCCAACCAUGCAGCCCUUCCCCAGGACCUUUCACUGGGGCCCAGCAGCAGCAGGGCUAGGGUACAGAGCUCUGCCCAGCAACUCCAGGGCAGGUGAGCAUUGGGGCUGUCCCCUUGGUGCUGUUCAGGACCCUGCUCACACAGCCUGCUCCUCUCUGGGCAAUGCCCUGACCUUGCAAGGUCUCAGGUGGUGGCAGGCUUAAUCCAGACUUAUCUCAGUUUACCUGGAGCUUUCAUUCAACUUAGUGUAGCAACAGCUAAACUCUGCUUUUGUCCUGUUUCCUCCCCUUUUCCACCUUGAGCUUCUGAUGUUGGCAACUCACACAAUCCCUUGCCAUUACACCACUGCUGUUACAGUUAGAUACUGAUGGAUUUCCUCUGGCACUCGUGGCACAGGUACUCCACAAGGACUGUGCUCACUUGGCUAAUGGAAAACCAAUUGCCCCUGGCAGCUUUCCAUUAGGGAAACAACUUGGGAAAGAGGAGAAAUAUUAAACAUGAUGACAGUAUUAACACAAGACAAUGAAGGUGUAGAAACUUCAUGUGCUGGGAGGUGGCAGUAGGUCUGUGAUUCUGGACUACCUCCAGCCAGUAUGUGCCUGAUCCAAAAUCCCUCCUGGAGCAGCAGAGCACUCAGGCCCAACCAGCAUGGAGGUGGUGAUCUGGAGACCAGUGUCCUGGUUUCAGCUAGGAUAGAGUUAAUUUUCUUCUUAGUAGCUGGUAUAGCACUGUAUCCUGGACGUCUGAGAAUAAUGUUGAUAACACAUCAAUGUUUUAGCUGUUGCUGAGCAGUACUUACACCGAGCCAAGGACUUGCCUGCUUCUCAUACUACCCUGCCAGCAAGGAGGCUGGGGGUGCACAAGAAGCUGGGAUGGGUCACAACCAGGACAGCCAAAAGGGUAUUUCAUAACUUACAGCGUCAUGCUGAACCAUAAAGCUAGGGGACUGCUUGGGGAAUGGCUGGGCAUCAGCAGAUGGCGAGCAAUUGAAUUGUGCAUCAUUUGGUGAUUUGUUGUUGUUGUUGUUGAUUACUGUUUAUUGUUUUUGUUUUUUCUCCAUUAAACUGUCUUUAUUUCAGCCCAUGAGUUUUUGCUCUUUUCUUACACUGCCCAAGCCACUCACAGUUCGGUACAUAGAUUAGCUCAGCUUUGGUGUCUGGAUACUUCACCCUCCAAUUUCAGACACAAGCACCAGGCACAGAGCAGGAGAGCCAGAUGGCUUAUAGAAGUGCUUCUCUAUCCCCAGCGUUAAGCAGGGAGCACACUAACUAGUCUCAGUUCUUCCUGUUCUGUGCAGCACCAACCCACUCCCUGCUUGCAAGUCAGUUCAUGGCUGGAUACAGGGCUUGACUCAGGAACAGCCCACAGCCCUGGGCCUCGGCACUACACACAGAGACAAAGAUCAAUCUUGAAGACAAGUGUUUGGCAGGGCUGCCUUGAAAACCUUACAACCCAUGAUACCAGGAACUAGAGAUGUAUUCCUGUACAGUACCCACUGCUUCGCAUGGCUGUUGCCAAGCUCUUCCAGCCUGCAAGAGACUGGCCAAACUCUGACUGGGAAACAGCCUCUGGUCUUUCAAGAAACUUGCCUUACAGCACAAAAAUGCAUCAGUGAUGGCACUAGCCACAGCUCUAGAGGCUUUCAAUUCAUAGCCAAUUUUGAACACCAAGCUCCCUCUGCCCUUGACAUGUUGAUGUUUCAGGACUAUUAUCCCACAUAGGGGGGGAACAACAACCAAAGAGGAUCCUGGAAAGCCCUCUAUGUGCUCCCAGGCUGAAUUUCUCCAAACACGCAGCACUUUUGAGCGCCUGCAGUUGGAAUUAGUAAAAUUAUUUCCAGAAGAGGCAGAAAACUCUCCUAUAGCAGCAUAUAUCCUGCACCGGUAUACAUUACACUCUGACAUGCUACUGCAUAAGGCUCAGUUCAGUAUCACGGAACUCCACAGCUGUAAAAUGUUAGGCAUUUUCCUUUCACAAGUUUAUGUUGGAAGAAAACAUAACCCGGGGUCACUGCAGUGAGACGGGAGGGCUCAGCUUCUGCACAGAAGGCGCAGCCAAGCCCACCAAAUAUAGUGCAAAGCAAUGCAGACAAUACCUCUGGCAUGGUAAGCAUUGCAAUACCAUGUUAUAGCAAGCUUCAUUCUCUUCAAAUAGUACAGGGGAAGCUUGCACCAAAGGAAACACAGAAGCUUUUAGAGACAAUCUUUCCUAAAACAUUCAUUUCCUAAACAUUUCCUAAAAUGUUCCUAAAACACUCCGUACUUAAAUAGGUAAAUACUCUUCUGUGCAAAUGAUGCUUAGACACAUGUAAAACACAAAUAACACCACUCAGUGUCCAGAAGCGUACCGCUCCAGCCAUAAAGGCCUAUACGAGAUAGUCUUGUGCAAAGUUCCUAGCAAGCCCUAGACAGGACAGACUGUUCUGAAUACCAAAGUAUUUUGGGCAGCAUCUCUAGGUGGUGUCACACGCUGACUAGGACAUGGUUUCAUUCUUGUAGGACCAGGUUUCAUUCUUGUAAGGCUGCUGAAGCUGAAAUUUCUGUACUCGCCACAGAGUGAGGCAAAUCCUGAAUGGAGACAAAGGCAACGAUGAAGUCUGGAAACCAAUGCUCCCAAAAUGCCCCAAAUAUAUAGUAACAAGUGUGAAAGCAUGAAGGUGGCUAGUUUCAGAUUAACGGAAAACCACAGGGAGUCAUUAGUCAGCAUUGGCAAGAGCAUCCCCUACGAACACACACAGCACACAAACACCAUUGUCAAUCAUUUAAUCUCCACUGCGGCUCAAGAGAAGACACGUGGUUCCCACCAGGGUCAAAGAGCAGCACUGAUGGUGGAGACACGUCAGAGUCCACAAACCAAGGUCCACGAACCCAUCAGGCACGACAUCUGCAGGUCAUACUGGCAGAAGGGGCACGCUGCAACCUAUGGAGAAGGGCCCACAUGUGGUAUCCAGUGGUCAUACAGUAUCUGCAGGUCACACCUGCAGAGGUAACACAUCACAGCCACGUACUGUGGCCACGCGCUGUCUCUAAAGAUCACAGCAAAGGGGACAGGUCACAGUCUGAGGAGCUGAGCCCACAUACAGUGCCUGCUGGUCGCACACUAUCUCUGAAGACCGCACUGGCAGAAGGGCCAUGGCACGGCCUGAGGAGCUGAGCCCAGGCAUGACGUGGGCGCAGGGGCCCUGCCCACCAGUGAGCUCUGUUGUCCCAUUGCAGCGGUGGAGCUGGGCUGGUGCCCACGCGUUACUUGAGGCCGUAGAGCAGGACAACGCCCAAGAAAAAGAGGAGCCCAACCGAGAGGUCAGAGACGAGUCGGAAGCGGCCUUGGGCCGCGGCCUCCUCCCGGCGGAGGCGCAGCUGCUCCCGCCGCGCCCGCAGCGCCCGCUCCCGCUCCAGCUGCUCCCCGUAGUGCGCGCGGUAGAAGGCGUCGAAGUCGAAGGGCGGCGGGACGGGCCCGCGGCGGGAGCCGGAGGCGGCGGCGCGGGCGGGCGGGGGCUUGGGGGCGGGCGGGCGGCCCGAGGGCUUGGGGGCGCCGCGCACGUCCUCGCGGCUGAGGACGCCGCGGUCGUACUUGCGGCGCAGCGCGGCGCUACCCAGCACCAGUUCUACGAUGAGGUGGAGGCGCGGAAGUACACGCAGAACUCCCGGGUGAGGGAGAUCCAGGCGCAGAUGUCGGAGCGGGCCGUGGAGCUGCUGGGGCUGCCCGAGGACCGGCCGUGCCUCCUCCUGGACGUGGGCUGUGGCUCUGGGCUGAGCGGGGAUUUUAUCUCUGAAGAGGGGCACUACUGGAUUGGCAUGGACAUUAGCCCUGCAAUGUUGGAUGUGGCUGUGGAGAGAGAGGUGGAAGGAGACCUUCUUCUUGCAGAUGUGGGUCACGGCAUUCCCUUCAGGCCUGGCAUGUUUGAUGGCUGUAUCAGUAUUUCCGCAGUGCAGUGGCUUUGUAAUGCUGAUAAGAAGUCGCACAGUCCUCCAAAACGCCUUUAUCAAUUCUUCUCAACUCUUUAUACCGCCUUGGCCCAAGGAUCCCGAGCCGUCCUGCAGCUGUACCCUGAGAAUUCAGAACAGCUGGAGCUCAUCACGGCCCAAGCCAUGAGAGCUGGCUUUACUGGGGGAAUGGUGGUAGACUACCCCAACAGCGCCAAAGCCAAGAAGUUCUUCCUCUGCCUCUUUGUUGGGGCUUCUGGCACGUUACCAAAGGGCCUUGGUACUGAGUGUGCUGAUGGAGAAGAGAUACACCAGGCAAAGUUCACCAGUGAGAGGACACGGUUCAGAAACACCAAGGGCAAGUCUGUGAAGAAAAGCCGGGACUGGAUUCUUGAGAAGAAAGAGCGCAGGCGAAGACAGGGCAAGGAGGUACGAGCAGACACAAAAUACACAGGUCGAAAGCGCCGACCUCACUUCUGAAUUGCUGUGGACACUGCUGACGUGGAAGAUGGUGUGUCGGCCUCUCCAGUGAGCCUCCUGUGAAUGGCACAGGUGGGCACCCCAGGCCUGGGACUUGUUGGAACAGGUCACUGGGGCUCUUGCAGGUGUAGACUGGCUCAGGUGCAGCCGAACUGCCAACUGCAAAGCUGCCAGACCUGUUUUCUCUGAAGGCAGAGUGGCACAGAGUUCUGUCCGAUUGGUGUCUGCCAUGCCAUUGCUUAUCUUCCCAGUGGGGCAGUGAGCCAUCUGGAGCUCCAGGUGAGCCAGAAUAUUAUAUCCAGCUUCUUCACUAAACAGUCAACAAGUAA